UAUCUUCGUCUUUGCUUUCUACCCUUCACUAUUAUUCUUAUGCUGACAAGGGGAAAAAUGGAACUUGUGGUCCUGAUAUGUGUUUUCUUCUCCUUUUCCAACCGUAUAUUAAGGUUUUAGUCUUCUCCCUCUUGACUGCUAGCUAUAGCUCUCCAUCUACCUCCUCGUUUGUCUGCUCUUGCUUUGCAAAAUGGAAACAAGCAAAGCCGAGGGAAAGAGGAGCUUCAAGUACAGUAAUACGGAAGAGGAGGAGGAGGAGGAGGAGGAGGAAGAGGAGGAGGAGGAUGAAGAUGAUGGUGGAUUAGGAUUUAGAGAGCUUGAUGGGAAGAAAAAGAGAGAAAUAACUUCCUCUAGCAGGAAGCCAUCUGGCAGUGGAGGCUCAUCGCCGCCUACUUGCCAGGUGGAGAAUUGUAAUGCUGAUUUGACCGGUGCAAAGCACUACCACCGCCGCCACAAGGUCUGCGAGUUUCAUGCUAAGGCUGCUUUUGUCCAUUUUGCCGGAGGCCAGAAAAGGUUUUGCCAGCAAUGUAGCAGGUUCCAUGAUCUAUCAGAGUUCGAUGAAUAUAAAAGGAGUUGUCGCAAGCGCCUGGCUGGACACAAUGAGAGGCGUAGGAAAAGCUCAUCUGACUUUCCCAGAGAAGGCUCCAACUGAAAAGGGUUAUUAACCAGAGGUAAUUAAGCUUAUGGAAGAGAGAUUUGGACCUCUCUCCCACAAAACAACUUCUCUAUAUUAGGGCUCUCUCUCUUCUGUCAAUGGCUUGGCUUUCACUAUAUAUGCACUACUGCUGUUGAGUUUAUCUAUACAUACACUAUAAUAAUUAUUGCCUAUCAGCAUUUGGCACCAUACAACUGUGCCUUACUGGUGGUUGCUAUCAAAAAGUGUAAAUCAUUGCUAUAUUGACUACCCUUCUAAAGCAAUGUGUCUCUAUUUGUUCCAUUUACAUGAAUUUCUUCUCCACUUGUGCUCCA